AGACUCUUUGGCUCGUCACAAGCGCUAGCCAUGUGAGAAAUCAUGGGGCCGCCUUGGCCAUGGUUUGUCUUGUUUUUUAGCUGCGUGUGCUCUGCGCAUCUUCUGGGCGUUGAUGACGAGUGCACAGAAGACUGCAGCCUGGGUAUGCUUCAGGUGCGCGCGAAGACUUCCGCCGCUGCCGGACUGGUGCACUGCGUGUUCACCUUCGGUGCGGUGGCCACAAGCAAGGCGCCGCUGAAGGACAUCCAGUGGCUGGCUUGAGAAGGGGUGUGUGUCAACCGAAGCCAAUGGUUGUUGAUUUGUGUAGGUUUAGAUCACGAGCUGCGUUGCGCAGCCAUCGUGGCACAAAAGAAGCGGCUGAAUAACAUAGGGCCGGUUUGGACAAUGGCUUUGCCUGUUCGUGUGUGCUUUAUUGGUUGCCACGAGUCAGUUCACUUGGAGUUUUCUUGAGCUGGGAAUGCUUCAGCGGCGGCCAAAUUCAGACAGGGCUGACCACACCUGCGCCUAGUCUUGAUUGGCGGAUGGUUGGGUAACAGGCGGAAUCUAGCACCACUUCUGACGAGAAUUCAGACCAAUACACAGAAAUUGUCUCACCAGGGGCUGACAUGUCAGCAACCUGGCUUAAGAAUCCUGAAGGACCUGUCCCAGCCAGGCCAAUCUUUCAGAGGACUGCGCCUCUACACGGAGAAUGCGUUGCCAAUGAACAUGCGACAGGCAGAUGCGGGCGCGAACCUCAACGAGUUCUACCAUGCCCAGGUGGCCACUUUGGUCUUGCGGAAAGACCAAGACUCGGACUUCUACCCUGCUCCUGGCCGGGCAGACCUGCCCAGACAUUAUUCUCACAUGCCUAUCUCAGACAUAGGCCUUCACGACAUGAAGGAAUAUAUUGAGCGACUGCUCAUCGUGCAGCUCAAUGGCAAGGAUGCACACGGCCAGAAACUAUUCUCCAAUGCAUACCACUUCGCUUAUCUCGCCUGGGGAGCUUACGAAACGCAGAAGGACCGAAACCAUCGAUCCUGGACAAUGGAAGAGCUGAUUCACACCAAUUUGCCUGACUGGCAAUUGGUGGCCCAGCACCAGCACGAUACACUGGAAGCAGUCGAUAACAUUUGGUUGACCCAGAAUGUGAACAGCUUGGACUGUUUGAUAGUCUUCGAGGGGACACACACCUUCAAUCAAUUUUUCAGAAACUUGAAUAGUUCAGCAGGGAGGAAGGACGGCUACUGUGGAUUUUCAGAUAUCCACAACGGCUAUGUGAGCAAACUGCACUGGCUGAUGAAGCACGUUAUGCCAAUACUGCGGCCGCAACUUGCAAAGUGUCCAAAAGUUGGCUGCACUGGCCAUUCUUUGGGUGGCUCUCUCUGUCACGUCUUUGCAGCUUGUGCGAACUCCGGCCGAGCUGGUGAUCCAGACUAUGAGCUGCAGAAGUGGACGGCCGGCUCGCCUGAAUUGAUGCCGGCUGUUCGGCAGAGACCCUUAUCCAAAGAUAAUUUUCAAUUGCCUACUUGGCUUCCUAAAUGGGUACGAUAGUGAAUAGAAUAAUUGAUCGUUCAA